AUGCCGCGGAACCGUCCGGGUACCACGGGCUACGAACGCCUGGCUCAGGCCGAACAGUUCAGUGACGACUCCGACGAUGACUUUCUCACCCAGAGUUCCGCCUCGCUCCAGCCGCAGAACGCUCCCCGCUUCGCCCCCAUCUCCCAGCCGAGACCUCACUCGGGCAUGACCUCACCGAAAGCCCUUUCUAAACAGAAGCAACGCCCGAGACGGAUGCGGAGCAACUCCGGUGUCGAUCUGAAAGCCAUAAACGCGCGGUUGGAGCGAUGGGCUGACGAGAUCGCCUCCAAGUUCAAGAGGGGGAAGGGGCAGGGCCAACCUGGCGAGGACGAGCGCUUGGAGAUUCACUACAGCGUCUUCCAGCCCCCGGAAGGUGUGCGGCCCGCCACCGCCGAGACUAUCGCCGCCAUGCCCGGACCUGCUAUGUCGGAAGCCGAGUUUGAGGGCAUAGUUGAGAGCGUCAGGGUCGCCAUUGACCAAGGGAUGCAUCCGAGCAUGAUUACCCAAGGUAGCUCUGGAAGCUACUUUGCGCGGAACACCGACGGUAAGAUCGUGGGUGUGUUUAAGCCCAAGGAUGAGGAACCAUAUGCCGCUGGAAAUCCGAAGUGGAACAAGUGGAUUCAUCGAAACCUGUUCCCUUGCUGUUUCGGUAGGGCAUGCUUGAUUCCUAACCUAUCGUACGUGAGCGAAGCAGCGGCAUACACCCUUGACUGCCAGCUUCGCACCAAUAUGGUGCCCUAUACGGACGUGGUUUACUUGUCUUCCAAGUCUUUCCAUUACCCAUUCUGGGAUCGUCGGGCGUUCAACAGAAAGAAGAAGCCGUAUCCCUCAAAGCCAGGAAGCUUCCAGGUCUUCCUCAAGGGGUUUAAAGAUGCUAAUGUGUUUUUGAGAGAGCAUCCAUGGCCAGACCAGUAUUGGUCAGGCUACCGCUCAAAUGACACACAUCGAAAUAAGCGAAAGCAAUGGGCCGACAACUGUCGACCAGGCAGUAGACAGGGUCACAGUGGCUUUGAAAGUGAUGAUGAGCAGGAUAGCCCAGAACAGCCGCCGCUCGGACCAGAUAACUUCAUGUGGACCGAGUCUCUCAAGCAGAAGUUUCGAGAGCAGCUCGAGAAGCUGGUUAUUCUGGAUUACAUCAUGCGAAACACCGACAGGGGUCUUGACAAUUGGAUGGUCAAGGUGGAUUGGCAGAGUCAGGAGGUUUCGAUAGCCUCCGAACCCCCACAGCUCAACAUGGACCUAGAAGAGGAAGAGGAACAAGCUCCAAGGCCCGUCGAUCUGUCACAAAGAAGCAAACCUGGAACACCUCAGCCGCACCCCUAUAGGAUGCAGAAGCCCAUGAACGCGACGGGCUCUGUCAAGGUUCCGGAUCCCAAGAUGUCAAUAGGAGCCAUUGAUAACUCGCUAUCUUGGCCCUGGAAACACCCCGAUGCAUGGCGAAGUUUCCCUUUUGGCUGGCUUUUCUUACCGGUAGAUCUCAUCGGUCGUCCUUUCUCUCAGAAGACGCGGGAUCACUUCCUACCUCUUCUUACUUCUACUCAGUGGUGGAGUCAAACAUCACUUGAACUCCGGAAAGUCUUCCAACUUGACCCUGACUUCCAAGAGAAGAUGUUCUCUAGGCAGAUGGCGGUGAUGAAAGGUCAAGCCUGGAACGUGGUCGAGACGCUGAAAACGCCUGAUCACGGGCCACUGGAACUUACACGGCGGGCGAGGGUUUGUGUAUGGGAUGAUCUCGUUGAAGUUCCCGUCGCAGUGCCCAUGCGCGUCGCAUCUUCGGAAAUGCGCCGCAAGGCCGAACCCGAGGCUCGUAACGCCAUCGAAGAGGAGAUUGAUAUUGGCGCUGCCAACUCGUCUUCAGCGCCCGCUCACCAAGGACAUGAUCUGCUGGGCCUCUCCAGCCCUUUACCACACCCAGGCCGCUUUGAGCUUGCAACACCGCGAACACAAUCACCAGAUCGACUUGAGCCUACCUCUCCGGGGUCGGCAAACGGCAACACACAACACCCGCUGGACAUAAAAGCGGUCGACUCGGCUAGCACGCGCCCAAAGAUCAUCCAGGCAGCUCCCAGAUCAAGCUAUCAAGGCCCGGCGCGGCCACAAGCUAAUCUAUACACACCGCGGAAAGAGCGGCGCUUCUCGUUUGCGCACUCGGCCACGCGGCGACACGGCAAUUCGAUUGCUCAACAUCUGUACGGCGACGGCGAGGACGAGGACGACGAUAUGGACGGCGAUCUAGGGUAUUCUGCCGCCGAGGGCAUGGAAGGCAACAGGCGCAAGGUGAUCGUGGAGCGGCUGGAGACAGUCAAGACGAGGAACCCGGUCUUUACAUGGUGUUAA